GGCAGGAGCAGGGAGGGACAAGAGGUUGGAGGGGGGAGAAAAAAGGGAGAGUUUAGGACUCCCCUUCAGGCAUCCGAACAAGUCUGGACUGUUCUGCUGCUGCCUGUGUUCAGCCUUUCCUAAGCGAGGCAGCCUCCAGUCAGAAACAGCGUUUACAGUCCCGACAGUCUCCUGCAGGGAUGCACUCACGGGACUCCAGGUACUGAGGCUACAGUCGGCGGUCGUGGAGAUUGUCUUGUGCUUUUUGAAGCUGUGACACACGGGACGUCGCUGGCUGGGAGUACUGCUGUGUGUCCAGAGAGAGAGAGAGAGAGAGAGAGAGAGAGAGAGAGCGAGGGGCUGGAUAUGCCACAGGUGGAAAGGUGUGGAGCUGCAGGCUGUGGCCCGGUGCACGGAGCAGAAAUCCGCAGGUCGUGAAGAUGUGGAGGUGUGUUUUCGCUGUGGCUGUCCUCCUGUCCUCCGUGAAACAGGCUGAAGCUCAGGGCAGGUGUAAUAAUGUGCGAGCAGCUGAUAUUGUUUUCCUGGUCGAUGGAUCUUCCAGUAUUGGCCGAGCUAACUUCCUGCAGGUGAAGGGCUUCAUGGCUGGAAUCAUCAAGCCAUUUGCCAGCUCUGUCAGCGAGUCAGGGAUACGGUUUGGGACCAUUCAGUACAGUGACACCUCCAGAGUUGAAUUUACAUUUAGUACCUACCUGAAUGGCACUGAGCUGGUCAAUGCUGUUCAGAAUCUGAACUAUAAGGGCGGAAACACGCGCACUGGUGCCGGUCUCAAGUUUGUCGCUGAUAACUUCUUCAACCCCGCCUCCAGUCGGCAGGUCCCAAAGAUCACCAUCCUGAUCACUGAUGGGAAGUCACAGGACAGUGUGCAGGAACCAGCACAGAAGCUGCGCAGUCAAGGAGUGCACAUUUUUGCGGUUGGUAUAAAGAGUGCAGACAGGGAUGAACUGGCUCAGAUCGCCUCCCAGCCCAGUAGUGAUUUCACCUCCUUUGUUGGGGACUUCAAACUGCUGAACACACUCCUUCCCCUUGUGAGUCCCCGAGUGUGUUCCAAAGCAGGAGGAGUCUAUGCAAGUGAUGAGGCAUUUUCUGGUCCGUCAAACCUUCAGUUCACAGGCCAGACAUCUGAUUCUCUCAGGUUUCGCUGGAGCCAGGCAGGGGGGCCUGUGAAUGGCUAUGUGAUCCAGUAUGUGCCGCUCUCCGGCCUGGGUCAGCCCAUCACAGCAGAACUGCGUCAGGAGACAGUCUCUGCCAGUCAGAGGACCUAUACCGCAAGAGAGCUGAGAUCAGGAACCGACUACCUGAUCACUGUCAUCGCCCAGUACCCCAACAGUGUGGGAGAGUCUGUUUCUGCCAAACAGCGAACCAGGUCUUUGCCAGGGGUCUCCAGUCUACGUUUGGUCCAGGCAGGCUUCUUCUCCCUGUCUGUAGGCUGGGAUAGGCCUUCGUCUCCUGUCCAAGGCUACAGACUCACAUAUGGACCCCGAGGUCAGCCAGCAGCUCAGUUGUUGGAGCAGUCGCUGUCUGCAGACACCACAUCGAUCACGCUGGAGUCGCUUCAACCAGACACAGAGUACGUCAUCAGCCUCUACUCCCUGUUCCCCCGAAACUCGGCGUCACCGUCCGUCCUCAACGCUCGAACACUGCGCCUCGAGGCAGUGCAGCAGUUAUCAGUGGAGACGGAGUCAGAGGGCAGCGUGCGGGUGCGGUGGAGAGGCGUCAGUGGUGCACGGGCCUACCGUCUGGUAUGGGGACCAUUUACAGGUCGAAAUGUGGAGACAGUGGAGGUUGCUGGAGACAGCGAGUUUCACACUUUGUCCAGCCUGCAGCCCGACACGGAGUACAUCAUCACUGUCAUCCCGCUGUAUGAGGGCAACACCGAGGGCCCUGUAGCAACAGCCAAGUUCAAGAUAGAGCGCCAGGAGCAGCAGGUCCUCAGAGCAGCUACCACCAGCCCCUCCUCCAUUCGCCUUACUUGGAGAAUCAUUGAGUCCUCUCGAGGGUACCGCCUGGAGUGGAGGGAGGUCGAAGGAGGCUCCAUCCAGAGAUUGUCCUUUCCUAGAAGCGCUAACAGCUAUGACUUAACAGGCCUUCGGCCCAACACGGAGUAUGUCAUCACCCUGUACACCCUGUUCGAGGGUCGUGAGGAGGCCACACCUGUCUCCACCGCAGCCAGAGAGGAGCAGCCAGUGGGGAGGGUGUCCAACCUGAGAGUUGUGGAGUCUCUGGGCAGCACCGUCAGACUCGGCUGGACGGGUGUAGCCGGGGCCACACUGUACCGCAUUAUUAUCCUGAACACAGAAGCGGGAACAGAGGAAAUCCGGAGUAUCCUGGGAAACCAGACAACGCUUGACCUCAGAGACCUGACGGUGGGAGUGUCCUACGGUGUCAGUGUCACAGCACUGGUGGGAGAAAAUGAAGGAGACCCAGUUACAGUCUACAUCAAACCGGAACAAGGUGCUGGAAGAGUGACUGACCUCAGAGUGACAAACGCCAACAGUCGAAGAAUACGAAUUGCCUGGACAGGUGUUAGUGGGGUAACGGGGUACAGGGUCACUUGGAGACAAGGCAGCAGUGUGGAGCAGUCCCGCCUUCUUGGUGCAGAAGCUGCAACCUUCACUAUAGACGGCCUGCAGCCAGAUGAGGCGCUGGUGAUUGGUGUUGCAGCUGUGGUUGGUCAGCGCACCGGAGAGGUAGUCACGCUGUCUUCUCGUACUAAUCCCAAUGGUGGAUCAGUGUCUGGCCUUCGCAUCAUUGAUGUCACAUCGCAGAGGAUACGCAUUGCUUGGUCACCUUCCACCCGGGCAAGUGGCUAUAAGAUCACUUGGCGUCGAGAGGAUGGAAGUGAAACAACUCGUACCGUGCCCGCCGAUGUCUCCUCCUUCACCAUUGACAGACUGCAGUCAGAUUCAGCGUACACUGUGUUAGUUUCUUCUCUGGUUGGCUCUCGAGAGGGAAGUCCUUCCACCAUCAUUAUCAGAACAGAGUCAGAUCAGUCCGUGGUUGGGACUGUGACUUCACUGCAAAUCCAGGAGACCCGUGGAGAGGUUGUCCGAGUCACUUGGGUUGGCGUUCAGGGAGCGACGGCUUAUCGUGUGACCUGGAGGAGAACAGACGGUGGUGAAGAGAGGAGUCAGCUCGUGGGGGGAGAUGUGACGGCAGUGGAUUUAGACCGGUUGGACCCCGGAGCCCAGUAUGAGGUGCAGGUCAAGGCUUUAGUUCAAAACAGGGAGGGAACCCCUGUGUCUGUCAGGGUCACCACACCUGGUGCCUUCACCCCCCCUCCAUCACUACCUACCACAACUUUACGAGUGGCAGAGGUUACCCAGAAUUCCGUGCGCCUUGGCUGGAAUCCACUUCCAGGCGCCACAGGAUAUGUUCUGCGCUGGAGAGAUGAGUCAGAUGUUGGCCCAGGCUUUUCUGUUACUCUCCCUGCUGCGUCCAGCUCUUACCAAGUGACUGGACUGCGUUUGGGCCGCCAAUAUCGCUUUACCGUGCAGCCCACCUUCACAAGUGGAUUGGGAACUGAGAGCUCCGUAGAUGAACGCACUGUGUGUGUGGGCGGGCGUCUGGACGUGGUGUUUUUGGUGCCGGCGUCUACUGAUCGGAUAAGCCUUGCAAGAUCUCUGCGUGAACUCCUCACAAGUGCAGCAGGAUCGCUCAACAGAGUCGGACCCCGCGAUUCACAGGUUGGCGUUGUAGUGUAUGCUUACAGACCCAAAGUGUGGUUCCUGCUUAAUCGCCAUGGCAGGUCUGACACACUUCUUCAGGAGAUCCAGUCCACACCCUUUGAUGAAAGCCCAGGGAAUAACAUUGGUGAGGCAGUGACUUUCACCAGACAAUACCUUCUGACCCCUACGGCUGGACGGAGACCGAGGGUCCCUGGUGUUGUUGUCAUCAUCGCAGACAAAAAAUCAGCUGACAACCUCACUCUCGCAGCCAGCGGUCUCAGGGCUACAGGAGUGACAGUGUUAGCAGUGGGUAUGGACCAGGCAGAUACUGAGGAGCUGCGUCGGGCCGUGACCGAUGGUAGCACCCAGAACAUCCUGUAUACCCGUGAUGCAGCACGGUUGGGUGCCCUACAUACCGAUCUGGCAGACUUGCUCUGUGGUCUUGCCAGAAUACCAGAGGGAGUUCCUGGUCCAGACCAGUGUGCCAUUCAGUGCCCUAAGGGUGAAAAAGGAGAUCGUGGAGAGAAGGGCGACAGAGGCAGAGAUGGUGUAGAUGGGCGCAAGGGAGAGCCUGGUCGUGAUGGUUUGCCAGGUAGGGAAGGCCCCAGAGGACCGGAAGGACGCCAGGGUCCACCCGGCCCGGCUGCCCCUUUUGACCCCUCAGGGAGAGUGAAAGGAGAGAAGGGGGAGAGAGGUUUUCCUGGCAUAGAUGGAAGUCCAGGUUUGCCGGGUCGCCCAGGUUCCCCUGGAAAUGCAGGGGUCCCGGGUUCACAGGGCUUACCUGGCAUCAGAGGAGACCCAGGUGAACCAGGUGUGCAAGGGCCAGAAGGGCCAAAAGGCAGUAAAGGUGAAAGGGGCGAACCAGGCUCAGUUGUAUCAGGAGGGGGUCUGCCUGGGAGGAAAGGAGAGCCAGGCAUCCCAGGAAUACCAGGUACUCCAGGUCGGCCAGGCAGCGACGGGGCCAAAGGUGCUCCCGGACUUCCUGGGACACCUGGUCAGGAUGGUCGCCCAGGUUUACCAGGAACACCAGGAGUGUCUGUGAAGGGAGACAAGGGCAGCCCAGGAGAGAGGGGACCUCCAGGAGUCGGCAGCGGGGUGGCCGUGAAGGGCGAGAAGGGUUCCCCGGGUAUUCCAGGACUUCCAGGGGCCCUGGGUCCUAGAGGGCCAAUGGGGCCACAGGGCAGCAAAGGAGACAAGGGCGACGGUGCUGAAGGACCGCCUGGAUCUCCAGGCAGGCAAGGAGAGCCUGGGGACAGGGGUCCCCGUGGGCCUCCAGGAGAAAUUGGUAGCAAGGGUGACCGAGGGCAGCCGGGUGAGGCUGGAUCACCAGGAGACAGGGGGGAGAGAGGACCAGCUGGUGAACCUGGGGAGAGAGGGGACCCAGGGAAGCCGGGCCUCCCAGGAACGCUGGGUCUGAAAGGUUUACCAGGGCCCAGUGGACCACCAGGAGAAAAGGGGAACGAAGGUGCACGAGGGGAACCCGGCAGAAGUGUUCCAGGUUUUCCGGGGAAGAAAGGGGAACAGGGGGAGCAAGGCCUGGCUGGUCCUGAAGGUCCAAGGGGAGUUAAAGGAGAGCCGGGAGUGAAAGGAGAGAAAGGAUCUCCAGGGUCAAGUGUUGUUGGCCUUAAAGGAGAGCCGGGAGAGAGAGGACUUCCUGGUAUCAGUGGAAGGCCGGGUGCCAAGGGAGAUGCAGGUGAACAAGGAGAGAAGGGAGAAGAUGGACGGCCAGGAAUCCCAGGAAAACCUGGUCUUGCUGGGAAAGAGGGAGCAAGAGGAGAGAAGGGGGACGAAGGCACACCCGGGGAGCCCGGCCUUCCAGGGAAGUCAGGAGAAAGAGGACUGAGGGGACUGCCUGGUCAACCAGGACGAUCAGGAGAGAAGGGAGACGUGGGAGACCCGGGAGAGUCCGGACGAAAUGGCAGCCCUGGACCCGCGGGAUCAAAGGGAGAACAAGGAGAACUGGGACCCCAGGGGCCUCCAGGACCACCAGGAAAAAUGGCUGACAUCCAGGGCCAGCUAAAGGGAGGGAGAGGAGAGAAGGGAGACGCCGGCGACCCUGGGGAGCACGGCGGCAAAGGUCAGAAAGGCGAAGCAGGGGCUCCCGGAGCCCCAGGCCUACGAGGUUCUGAGGGACAACGGGGGCCCGCAGGCGCAAGAGGUGACACAGGAGAGAGGGGAGCACCGGGAGAAAAGGGAGAAAGGGGAGCGUCUGGGUUAGAUGGACGUCCUGGUCUGGAUGGUAAACCAGGUGCUCCUGGACCACCUGGUCAGAGGGGUGAUCCUGGGAAACAGGGCGAUCCUGGGAGAGAUGGUUUACCAGGACUUAGAGGGGAGCAGGGCCCCCCAGGGCCUGUUGGACCUCCUGGCACUCCAGGGACACCUGGUAAAGCAGGUGAAGACGGCAAACCUGGGGCUCCUGGAAAAAUGGGCGAGGAUGGUGUUCCAGGUGAAGAUGGGAGAAAGGGCGACAAAGGAGAAGCUGGAGCAGCUGGAAGAGAUGGCCGCGAUGGACUGAAAGGAGACAGGGGACUCACUGGGCCUGUAGGACCCACUGGUCCUCCAGGGCCUCCUGGAGUACCUGGCAGCAUUGGUCCUCCUGGACAGGUUGUGUAUGUUAAAGGAGCUCAAGCGGCACCAAUUCCAGGCCCACAGGGGCCUCCAGGAACCCCAGGUGUACCUGGGAUCCCAGGAGCUGUGGGAGCCAGAGGGGAUAGAGGUCCAACUGGCCUGAAAGGGGAAGCUGGAGACCCAGGGGAGGAUGGGGCUCCGGGUAAACCUGGGACAGCAGUGGAUGUACAGAAGGCUCUGGCCAGCCUUGGCAUUCAGGUGUCUGACCUGAAGGUGGUUGUGGACAGGAAGGACACAGUAAUAGCUCCUACAGUGCAGAAGGCAGAGAGAGGUGAAAAAGGAGAAAGGGGCGAACCUGGACCAAGAGGACUGUCUGGUUUAGAUGGUGCUCGAGGUUUUCAAGGAGAGAGAGGAGCAAAGGGGGACCAAGGUGAGCGAGGACCUGUGGGAACACCUGGGCCUCCAGGCAGAGCCAUUGGAGAGCGAGGUCCCGAGGGACCCCCAGGACCUGCUGGAGAGCCAGGCAAGCCAGGAAUACCGGGAGUUCCUGGCCGAGCAGGGGAGCUGGGAGAGGCUGGAAGACCUGGAGAUAAAGGUACAAGUGGCCAGAAAGGUGACAAAGGAGAACCUGGUAAAACCGGGCUAACAGGACCAGCUGGCCCCCCUGGAGAAAAGGGAGCAUCUGUCGAUUCAGUGCUAAUCGGUCCACCUGGGGCCCGAGGUCCUCCAGGAAUUGCUGGACAGAAGGGAGAGCCUGGUGCUGCAGGACCACCAGGACCUAAAGGAGACCGGGGUUUAGUCGGACCUCGUGGUGAUAAAGGAGACAGAGGAGAUUCUGGAGAAAGAGGACGUGACGGCUCGCAGGGAAUUCCAGGAGAACCAGGAAAGCCUGGUCAGGAUGGGAAACCGGGCCUGCCUGGGUUCCCAGGAGUUCUAGGCAGACCGGGAAACCCAGGAGAGCCUGGCAUAAGGGGGCCAACUGGCCCCAUUGGUCCAAACGGGCCUCCAGGUCCACCAGGUGUCAAAGGUAAUCAAGGAGAGCCGGGUGUUGGUGUCCAGGGGCCUCCUGGUGCCCAAGGGACCACAGGCCUCCCGGGACCACCAGGCCCUCCAGGAGCUGUAGGUCCUCAGGGCCCCCCAGGACUGCCAGGGCAGGUGGGUGAAGCAGGGAAACCGGGAGUCCCUGGACGAGACGGGGUGCCUGGAAAAGAAGGAAUACCUGGAUUACCAGGAAAGCAGGGCAUUGCUGGAUCUCCAGGCCAAGCAGGCUUAAAGGGGGAGCAGGGAGACAGUGGUCCUCCAGGGAAGGCUGUAGCUGGACCCCCUGGAACCAAAGGAGAGCGUGGUCUUCCGGGUCAAACCCUGCCAGGCGUGGCUGGAGAGAGGGGUCUACCUGGAGAAAAGGGUACCAGAGGAGACAAAGGUGCAGCAGGCUCCAAAGGAGAGAGAGGAGUGGCUGGUGAAGCAGGAGAGCCUGGAGAAGAUGGGGCACAGGGAUCUCCUGGGCCAAAGGGAGAUAAGGGAGAGAAGGGCAUCGGACAGGCAGGUCCCCCUGGUCGGGUUGGUCCUCUGGGUUUAAAGGGAGAUCCAGGCCUUCCUGGUUCACCUGGUCCUCCAGGGCCACAGGGGAAGCCAGGUGACACUGGUCCGCCUGGCCUGAGAGGAGAAAUUGGACAGCCUGGACCUCAAGGACCACCAGGGGAGAGGGGACUCCAAGGCUUUGCAGGCCGUGCAGGAAGUGUUGGAGCGCCGGGUCCUCCUGGACCUCCUGGGCUGGCAGGCUCUCCUGGUACCAACGGGGUCAAAGGGGACAAGGGGGAAGUUGGCUUUGGAGUUCCCGGUCCCAGAGGAGAGAGAGGAGAUCCAGGUUCUAGAGGAGAGGAGGGUCGUGCUGGCAUAGAUGGGGAGAGAGGGCCAACGGGCCCCCCAGGUGUCCGUGGUGCUCGGGGAGAGAAGGGAGACAUUGGGCUCCAAGGUGACAAAGGAGACAAGGGGGACACUGUGCUGGUGGGAGGACCUCCUGGUGAAAAGGGCAACAAAGGAGAAACAGGUGACAGGGGACCCAAGGGUGUGCAGGGAGAAAAAGGAGCAAAGGGUCAAGAGGGGCCAACAGGGGAGCAGGGUCUGAGGGGAGAGCCAGGAGAAAGAGGAUCCACUGGAUUCCCGGGUGCUCGUGGCCCCGGUGGACAGAAGGGUGAAGGCGGCCAACCUGGAGUACCCGGUGAAUCGGGUUUACCAGGAAAAGAUGGGCUGCUGGGGCGUAAGGGGGAUAAAGGAGAGCUUGGUAUUCCAGGAAUGAGAGGAAUCAAGGGUGACCGAGGACCCAAGGGGGCUUGUGGAGGCGAUGGACCCAAAGGAGAAAAGGGUGAUGCUGGCAUUCAUGGACGACCAGGCCUACCAGGAAGAAAAGGUGAACAGGGAGAACAUGGACCAUCUGGGGCCCCAGGGACCCCCGGAAAAGAGGGACUAGUUGGCCCCAAGGGAGAUCGUGGCUAUGACGGGCUUGCAGGGCCCAAAGGCUCUCAGGGAGAGAAAGGUGAAAGGGGUCCAUCUGGGGUACCUGGUCCUCCUGGUACCAGAGGAGCGGAUGGGCUCCAAGGGCUAACUGGCCCUCAGGGACCAGCUGGUGCUAAAGGCCCUGAAGGUCUCCAGGGACAGAAGGGGGAAAGAGGUCCAAUUGGUCCCGCCAUGGCGGGUCCACGUGGUGUCCCAGGGAUCCCGGGGGAGCGAGGAGAGCCGGGAGAGAUGGGCCCAGAUGGAGCCAAGGGAGAAAGAGGAGAGCCAGGCAUGACGGAGGAUGAAGUCAGAGAGUACGUUCGCUCCGAGAUGAGUCAGCACUGUGCGUGUGGAGGUUCAGGCCCAGAAAUCCGGUCCCAGCCCCCGGUCAGGGCUCGGCCCACACCGGAGCAACAACUGGCCGUGAAGGGUGAGGCGGGCCGUGAGCUGCGUGUGGUGGUGAACACCAAUGACCCAGACUAUGAACACAUCUACUCCAUCGAGUCCUACGAUGACCGCUUGGAUGAGCUGCUCUACUUUCCUCCUUCUGCCAACCAGAGUGAUGGUGAGGCUGUCAAAGAUGAAUCUGACCAAAAAGUCAGAGUUGAACCAAACAGAUCAGCCAGUACUGGUGUUAUGAAAACAGCAACAGUUGCUGGUCAGAAAGCAGUCAAAGUUACUCCUGUGAAAGCACUCAAGCCCAGAUCAGUCAGAUCCAAGAGGAGAGUCAGUGGGGAAGCUCCUGCCGACCUGUGCCUGCUUCCUAUGGAGGAGGGGAGCUGUGGACGAUACACUCUGCGCUGGUACUUCAACAUUCAGGUUCAGGCCUGCAGACCCUUCAUCUACAGUGGCUGUGAAGGAAACGAUAACCGCUUCCUUCACUUGGAGGAGUGUGAAGAGGCCUGCCUUGGGGUGACCGAAGGUCCUCAUCCCUUGAAGACAGCACGAUGAUUGUGGCCAAAUCCUCUUCACAGGAAUGUUAGCCUUUACAUUGCUCUAAUAGAUCUUUAUUUUGUCAAAUGUCAGUGGUUAAAAUUUGCAUCUGUUUAUUUAUUGUUUUUGUAAACCCGACCAAUGGUUGAGAGGAGAUACCAGAGGGAUGCCUCCUUGCUAUAUGUUCAAAAAAAAAAAAGGACAAAAUAGUGUUGAGGAAGAAUAAUGUUUUCCCUUUUGUUCAGACUUGACCCUGGUUUUCUUAAUUUGGUUUUGUGGUAUUCGGUACUUUCAUCCAUUCCAUGUCGCUCACAUGCUUGAUGUCUGUAUACAGAAAGGGAGCGGACAAAUGACCCGACUCACCUUACAGUCCAAUGCAGUAAUCCUUCAGUAAAUACAAAUAUGGUGAAGCUCAUGAUGUUUCAUUAACUUGACAGCGUUGUUCAGUCAUUAUCUGUGUUUACAUGGAGUAUUUUAUUCCACAAAUUAACUGAAUGAGAAAACCAAAAUAAUUUCUUUGUUUGGAGCUUGUAGAUAAAUCACAGAUAGAUGCAUCUUUCAAAAGAUGAAAAUACUGUUUUUACACUGUCAUGCAGGAAACAAGGUAUGGGAAAAACUCGCUCUCAGUCAUCUCUUUUGUCCCACUGCAAAGACCCUGCCCUCAAACAACUAGGAUUUUCUGUUAUUAUUUUGCUGUGUUUGGGAUGUUUUUGGUUGUCAACAAUUCUGGAGAAAGACCGUUGAUUGUUGAGUCUCAUGCCCAGGUUGCUAAAUGAGAAGUCUUUUGGGUUGGCAUUAUGUGAGGGCCCAGGAAUGAGACUCAACAGUCAACUGUCUUCCUCGCUUACUGCUUUCUUUAAUGGUGUGCUAACAAACAUCAACUGACAAAUCCUACAUAGUAUGCUUUUAUCCCUAAAAUGUUCCCUUGCAAAGAUGUACACUUCUGUCUUCCGUGGUUUUGUGUUUACAAGUGCCUCGUCAAUUUCCUUUCAAAAAAGAUGCAUGUUUGUCUUAGCAAGUUCAAUAUUUUCCAAUGACAACAAGAAUACUGCUGUUUUUUUUUUACAAAUCCAAAUUUUCCACAGCAGUAAACCAAGCACUUGCACACUUCCGUGUUUGUUUUAAAGAUUUGCUCUUGGUGGUGCUUGUGGAGAGUAAGUAUCAUUUUAUUCAUUGUCGUUAGUCAUAGUCAUUUAUUGGAUUGACUGCAUUAAGAGGGAAAAAGGUCUACAUGUGACCAGUGUUGCCCUCAGCUAAUGAAGGUUUCUGGUGUUUUAGUUAAUGUCCUAAUGAUCUGAGUCCAACACAGACAGCAUCAAUCUGCACACUUCUACGUCUGAACAUGUCGUUGUCUGAAAACAAAAAUAAAAAAGAAAGAAAAGCAAAACACCGGUCCUAAUAAAAAGAUCUUUGUUAAAGCUGAUACACACUGCGGUUUACCAGGACUCACUUGUGCAUCUGCCUCUCUAAUCAGGUUGACAGUGUUUGUAAAGUCGUGAGUUGAAUUGUAAGGUGUCGAUGAGAAAAGUAUAAAACGCGUGACAAAUAAAAACAUGAAAGCUGCAUUAGUUAAGGGGAACACAGGUAGACUAGAUGUACAUCUAGACACAUUACACACUUCAUGAACUUCCCCGGUCUGGUAGUUACUGCAAGGAUACUGUGUUAUACGGUGUGUUUGCUAUUUUGCUCACUCCUCAUGUGUCCACACUCUUCAUACUGCUUAGUUGUGAGUUCUGGAAAUAUUUUUCCUAUUGUAAAUGAGCAUUUGAAAGUUUUGCUGUGACAAAGUGACAGUAUAUUAUGUUGGUAUUUCAGAUUUGUUUUCUGAAAAAUGUCAUGUCUUAUCUGCCAGUUUGGUCAGCAAACGGCUGUAAAGUCUGUCUGUGUGUAGUAUUCACCUCUGCAGCUACUGUUAUGGAGAAGACAAAAGCCAGAAGGGCAAAUCAGAGCUUCAGUAAAAAGCAAAACACUACACCAUAAAUGCUGAAUUCAUCCAAAAUUGAUCUGUAAUCCAAAAGCAAAUGAAACCAAGCAUCACCUUUAUCUUUAGCUCCUUUCGAGCAACAGCUACCUUGCAUGAAAAACAACACAGGGCGUUUGAAUCAAGACCAAAUGCACAAAAAGAAACUAUAAAUAAUUUAAACAACUAACUUCUGCCCUUAACCGUGCACAAAAUAGAGUUUUAAUGUCUGAGAUUAGUUGUUAUCAGUCUGAGUCAAAAUUGACUCUUCCCUUCAAGCUUGGCUGAAAUGAAUCAAUUUAACGGGAGAUUUUCAUCCCCAUCCACAACCCCUGAUGCCUGAAAUAAGUUAUCGCACUCCUCUACAACUAUGCAAGCACAACUAUACUGUUUUUUUUUUUAUGGAUAUAGUUUUAUCAUUUGUAUUAAAUAUGAAGAAUCAAGCACAAUAUUCUGCCAAUAUUUUGUACAUAAUGUUUUUUAUUGUUUGGGGAAAGUUGUGUUUCUGAUCACGACUGCAUGUCUACCUGCCAGAGAAACGGUGCUAUUUUUAAACGUAUUUUUAUACUGUAUAUUAAAAAUGGAAGCAUUGUGUUUUUAUGUGGUUUGAACUAUUUGUCUAGUAUUAUGGAACAUUUAAAUAAGCAUUUCUAAUAAACCAAACGUUUGAAGAAAAAA